GAGAAACGGAACGACAUCCUUAUGUCAACGCAAACAAAACUAUGUCAAAAUUAAUUCUAAAUUUCGUGUAAAAACAACAACAAAAUCACACAAUAAUUUAUGCGCAGCAAUCCAUGUGCUCCCGUUAAUUGUGUAUACAAUAAAGAAACGUCGUGAUGGCUGAAAAGUCUUCUACUGAUUCAAGUCCUAGCGAGGCCCCACCUACUCCGAGGAGUGAUGACAAACAGUCGGGAAACUGGUGGGAUACCUGGAUAUCUUCAGCAAAGUCUAAGUCGGCAGAGGUUUAUACCAUGGUGAAGAAAGACCUGGACGAGAUCGGAACCGCGGUGAAGAGCGAGGCGAGCCACGUGUUCAGCACCACCUCCACUGUCAUCGGGAAGACCUUCAAGUUGGACCAGCCAGAAUCUCCUGCGAAUGUGAUGAAAAAGAGUCUGAGUAGUUUCAUUGGUCAAGUAAGCACGGUGUUGAACCCAGAACCGGAAGACGAGGAUGAUAUCGAAGUCAUCCUGUGCUCUGGAGACACCACCAUGUUGUCCACCUAUAAGAAAGAGCUGGAAGCGUUACAGCGCGUGGACGCUACAUUCAUCGUACCGGCGUACAGUCCAGAGUUCGAGGCUUGGAAGGCAAGCCUGGAGCACAGCGAGGCCGGUCUGAUCUCUCCUCCCGCCGCCGCGCGCUCGCUCAAGUCCAACCCCGUGCUGAAGGCGCAGUACGACAAGCUGGUCCCCGAUGCCGUCACACAUGAUGACUUCUGGGAACGCUACCUGUUCCGCGUGGCCCUGCUGCACGACCGGCUGGCGGCGGCGGCGCGGCGCGGGCCGGGCGACGCGCCCAGCACGGACCCCGUGCUCGCGCAUCUGCCCGUGCAGGCGCCCGUCGACACGAGUCCUAAAAAAGUACUCUCAGGCUUGGACAAUGAGAAACCUUUCGAGGCCCCAGACAUAGACAAUGUCGUCACCUGGGAAGACGAAGACUUCGCCCACGACGUGGAACUCACAGAGGAACAGCAAACAUUACUUCUAGAAGAAUACGAAAGGGAGAUCGCGUGCAAAAAGAUGUCCUCGCAAACGACCUCGCGAGACAAGGCCAACAACAACAUAGACAAGACAACGAACACAUUCGACACAAAGACUAAAAUAACACAGACCAAGCACAACAAACAGAAUAAAAAUAAAAAUGGCCGCUCGCCCAAGAAGGCGCCGAAGGCCGACGUGUGUGGAAACAACCUAGUCGAAGACUACUUCGGCGAUAAGGAGGUGAAAGACGACGCCAGCGCCAACUCUGACGAGAGCUGGGAAAAGGAGUUUGAAAUCGAUGACGUUGAACAGAAAGCAUGAACAGUCCGGCCAUACAUUAACGUAAGGAUAAUAUAGUUCGGAUACAUUGUGAGCGCGAAGCUGUGACGUCAUAAAAAACUGUCUAAAAGUCCCACCAAUACAAAAGUAAACUGUAAUCCUUUCGACAAAAGGUUCAAAAUUGAUUGACAGACCAAAACAAGAUUCUGUAGUCAAACCUACCUUCAUAAUUCCACUACAUAGUUACCACUCAAUAAAGAGCCGUAUUACGAUGUGCAUUCGGCUUAAAAAUGCAUUUAUCGUCACAUCUAUCGUUCGCACAAUGUUUCUUAAAGCCAGCCGCGCACAUUUGAAGCUUUGCGUCGACAGCCUGGCUAUAUUCGUUCAAACAUGUUGAUAUGUAAAUAUGUAAAGUUAUACCCGGAAAGGGAAGUAUUGGUAUAAUGAUUAAAUCGUUCAAUAUUCGAUAUAUAGGGCUGUCAAGAACGCGAGUACUGUGUCUGUAGAUUUGGCCAAUGUUGGAUAGAAUUUUUGGUCCAAUUCGUGUAUGAGAAAAUAUUUAUAGGCCAAUAUUUGCCAAACAUGUUCGACAUACAAGUUGGACCAACAUUGUAGAGCCAACGUGACGUUUCGUUACGAUAAAGAAUUAUUGGAAAAAUUGUGAGAGGAUAGUAAAGAUUGAUAUUGAAUGUAUUAUUAUUUUCAGCGAAUACAUCGCUUAAAAUAAAAACAGCAACCGCUUUAGCCAACUACUAUUCAGUGCUUUGGCAAUAAAAUAUGUGCAGCGCUAAAAAAGCGCUUGUAUCCGCUGAAAAAGCAUUGUUCCGCAAGUUAUGUUUAUUUGAUAUGUGAAAUGAAUAUAACCGGGCUGUUGUCUCCUAUAACCAAGUUGCAGCCAUGUUAACUGUAUCAACGAUUGUAUAUUGUUGUGUUAUAUUAAGUCAGGAUGCUUGAUAAGAGGAAAGAGCUGAGGGCAUACCGCUUACUCCUACAGUAAUAUUGACAAUGUGGAAGCGAGACAGACUACAAGUGGUAGAGCGAUGUCUCGUUUCAACAACUGCACUUCAAUAAUAUAAUAUUACUUUGAGUAGUGGUGGUAAGCUCUCUAAUGGAGUCGUCAAUUAUUAUUGUUACGUUAUUUUGAACAUUUUGUUGGGUAUACAUAUGUUUAUUAUUAUAUUUUCACUACUGAACUAUCACCUAUACAUUUCUGGACACACCCAUGUCAAUCCAUCAUUAAUUUAUUGGUAUUUUUUAGCAAUAUACACGCAUUUUUAGUGACAAUAUUAAUUGACGAUGCACCAUACUUGAGCUGUCAGUAAAGAUGGAUAUAUAAUACAUAGUGUAUAUACAAGUGCCGAUAGAUAUUCUAAUGGAUCUUAUGAGUAUAUAAUAAUUGCAAUAAACAGUAAUACCGCACAAUGCCUUAUGCUCAACUGCUCCCUGGGGUCGAACAACUAUUGAAGUAUGACUUAAUUGUGGAAGAGAGAUGUAGCUCUAUAAUAUAGUGCUGUCUCGCUCCCACAAUUGCGAUAGUCUUACUUCGAGGUGGUAGGUCUCUGAUUGUCCGCUAGUUAAAAACUUAAUAAGAGAUAAUAAGAUAAAUUGUGUCCAUACAAAAUAUUAUGUCUCUUUUAUGGUAUUAAACUUUUUUAGUGAUUUCAACACGCUUAUUAGCUAUCUAAGUUGACAGCUCAAACAAUAUCACUGAUGUUACAUAAGAAUUUCUAUUCUUAUCGUUUGACAUCGCUCGACUACUGCUUUAUAUUUGGUCGCCGACGUUAGACGAAAUCCAAGUUUGGAUAUGACGUAAACCCAGUGAAUAUAACUCAGGUGUCAACCAAGAUAGCUACGAAGCCAGUAGGAUUAAAAUGUCUAUCAACAUUUGCCAAGCUUUGUAUUAUUUUUAUUAUAAGUGCACAUAAAUCUUUUGGUUGUAGCAACCGAUCUCCCUAUCCCAAUGCAUUUACGUUUUACACUAAACCUUCGCGACGUUUUGAUAUAAACCAAAAAGGUUUUAAUUUGCAUUAUGUACCUUCUGUUAUUCAGGAUUUUUAUAGUUUAUUUUUACCGAAUUAUUUUUUUUACCAUUCCAUAUUUUACUGCCUAAACUCGCCUGAAUAAACUGCUGGUAUCUUAUGGCAAGCCCACUUUAUUUGUGUUCUAUAUUUUAGGUAACAAUGAAAAUUUGAUUAAAUUUUCAGAUUAAUACUUGAAUAUGAUUGUAAACGAAAAAUUCUAUGUAUAUAAUAUAGUUUUAUUCAUGAUUAUAUUAUUGAAUAUACUUAUUGUUUACUUAAUGGUGUGGAGGUCGUAUUGUGGCAGAUUUCGCUUUUAUAAUUCUGUAAAAAAAGUUGUGGUUACUCCUACCUGUACAGAUAGCUCUCUCACUAGAGCAAUCAUAGUUGAAAACCAGAAUACGACCUCCAAACGUGGAAUUUAAUAUGACUAUUAAUUCAAUUCAUUAAUAAUAUUGUUCUAACUCCGCUUCUCGUUUGUCCUGGCGAGUUUAUUAUCCUAGAUAAUAUAAAUUGCUUACAAAUCUUGCAAGUUGUACAAUAAUAUUUAAAGUGUGAUAUCCCACUAAAAUAGGUCUCUGAAAUAAUUGUAAGUAUAUUAUAAUAGUUGUAAUUUUGUGCGCUGGUUACACCCUCCUGUAUAAUGGGACCGACAAGCAAAUGAAUGACAUUACUAACAAGUGUUGCCACAGUUCAAUAUUUAAGAUUACUGUCAUUAAAAUACUGCCUUAUGAGCUUAAUAUUUUUGUAUUGGUAAUUGAAAUUGGAAAGUAUUAAAACUGUAUAAUUUGUGUUAUUAUAAUACCUUUAUUUUUAACAAAUAUCCGCCAUACUGUUAAUAAAAUUCUUCUGGAAUAAUUAGUUUUCUCAACAUUAGGCGCCAUUGCAUGCAGCCUGGCCUUCUUUGACACAUUCAGAUAUAUUUUAUUGUAUUAUAUAAAGUAUUUUAAUUUUCAAUUACAGAAUUACCUAUUGGAAUAUUUAGGACGUACUUUAACAAAAUGUUAAGUAAUAUUAGGAGUAUUUGUAUACGAACGCUAUGAUCGUAGAUAUUAUCGUUUAGGUGAUUCUGUACUUGAAAAAUAUAAAGAAUUUAAUUUGGGGGUAGAAAUGGACAAAUUCAUAAGUGUUUGUCAUGAACCGUACUUUAAUGUUUGAUUUAAUAAAUAUUUAAAUUAAGUGCAAUAAAGUUAUCUAACAUUUAAAUCGACAUUUAUUCUAAUUAUAUUUAGGUUAAAACUCUCAACUAAUGAGUUGACUCUAGGUAUCGUUAUGUUUGUGUAAAUUAUGAAUAUGAAUAAAAAGUUAUUAAAAAUCGUAA